AUGCUGCUGCAGCAGCAGCAGCAGCAGCAGCAGGAGCAGGAGGAGGAGCUUCCUUUGGGGGAGAUGUUUAUCUUUUGUCUCUUGCUGAGGCUGCAGCAGCAGCAGCAGCAGCAGAUGCUGCUGCAGCAGCAGCAGCAGCAGCAGCAGGAGCAGGAGGAGGAGAAACAUACUGGAACUACGACUGCAGCAGCACCAGCUGCUGCACCAGCACCAGCAGCAUCAGCAGCAGCAGCAGCAGCAGCAGCAGCAGCAGCAGCAGCAAGAGUUUUUUAUCUGUCUCUCUUCCUAUUCUCCGCUGUCUCCGUUUGGGGUCACAGUGCUGCUGGCUAG